UUGUCCGCUUAAGAGAGGGAGUGUCCGCCCAAGAGAGGUUCAUGUCAUAUCUCUUCAAUCCUUGCACUUUUUAGCUUAAAUCAUUUUUAUUUGGAAACUUGGAAGUUAUAGUUCAUCUCCAUUAUCAUUUCCAUCGUCAUUUGCUUCUUCUUCACUGUCCGCUUAAGAGAGGGAGUGUGUCCUUUGAUCGUUUCAGAGGUGUUUUCUCAGAGAUCCUUUCAGUUUAUGGCAGCUAUGCCUUCUUACAUAUCAUAUUCAAUCAUCCUCUUGUCCACUUAUACUUCAUUGUCCGCUUAAGAGAGGGAGUGGAGCCUAUGUCCGCUUAAGAAAGGAUGUAGGUCCUAUGUCUGUUUCAAAGAGGUUCCUACAAAAUUGUUUAAGUCCUUGGCACUCCCAGAAGUCCUUGGUCCUGGGACCAUCUUCCAUGUCCUUUUCUUCUCUCCUGUCCGCUUAAGAGAGGGAGUAGAUCUAGAUCCUAGAGUCUAGAAGUCUAGAAGUUGGAGGUCCUUUAAAUAUUACGAGAUCCAUAGCAUCUAUCCCUUCCAACAUCUCUUAUUUCCCCAUCACCUUCAUCCACUUGUCCACUCCAUGCUCCACUCUGUCCGCUUAAGAGAGGGAGCAGGCCCUCAUUUAUGCAACACCACAUCCAUCAUCAUUUUCAUCUCCAUUUUCAUCUCCAUUUCCAUCUCCAUCUCCGUCCAUGUUGCAAGUGAACCCACAACCAACCAUGUCUCAAGCAGGAGUUCCGGACCUCAGCUACACACCCGGAGACCUGACCGAACCCCAGUACCGCCUGCCCUCCCACCAGCUCCUCCUCGACCAGAAGCACUCCGAUCCGGCGGACAGCCUGCCCUUCAGUCGCCUCACUUUGGACAAUCGGGACACGCAGCCGAUCAAGUACCGGGAACCGCUAGGAUCGGCGGCAGGACGACAGUUUCCUGCCCUGGCAGAGGCCCAGAACCGAUAUACGGACCAUCUAGAGCGCAGCAGUGUGGUUAGCUUUGAUCCUGGCAAGGAUCUCAUCUCCCUGUCGACCGUCAAGUUCGAGAAAUACGACUCGGGGAACUCCGAUCCGGAUCUGAUCAGGAAGAUGCCGCUCCAUUCCAUCACGGAGAAACCGAACGAGCGGUGUCCGUCGCCGGUGGUGCCGGCCUAUGCCAAUUUCGAGCUGGCCAAGCGGAUGCACCAGGACAACCUGGACCACCAGCCGCUGCCGGACUGUGUGGCCGAUCUGGCCUUCCGCCGGGCCCAGAUAUCCGGCGGACAUGCCGGCCUCUCGCUGGAAAUCGAUCCAAUAGCCACUGGAGUCGGGGUGAAGACCCACAACGCCGGUCCGACGCACUGCACCAAGAUGAAGGUGUUCCGGCCCAAGACAGGGGGCGGGAUUGUGCCCAAGGCCAUCGGUGGGGGAGAUCCCUUUCGGGGAGUGGGCUCGGCACCGGCCAAGAAAAUGGGUCCCAUGGAUCUGGCCAUCUGCUGGGACUUCAAGCCGGCCAAUCCCGCCGACGAGCCGCGUCUGGCCAGGCACAUUGAUGGCUCCAACGACUCGGCCGGACCGGCAGUGUUCACGUGCGUGAAAACACCUCGCGAGGAUCAGGGCGCCAUGGACUUGGGCAGAUCGGCGGGCGUCUUCACCAGCACUCUGGGCGAGGCGGAUUUCUUUGACAAGGACAUACUCCGGAAGCGCACGGACUUCGGAGGAGCUCGGCUGGACCGUGAGGAUCCCUGUGCCUGCGACUAUUCCCCACCGGCCAGGCAGCGUGCUCGCAGCGUCUCCCGGGACUCCAGUGCCUCGCAUUGCCGUCGACCCGGUGGCCUGGGCUCUGGAGCCGGCGGUGCCGCUGGCGGGGGGGUUAGCUUUGGGAAUCUUACAGAGCUCCCCGGCCGAGGGAUGCCCGAUCGUCUGGCCAAGCAGUACCAGUCCUCACCCCUGCUGGGCGACAAGGCCUACCAAGCGCUCCGGGAGAAGUACCUGGGACCGGAAUCCGGACAGGAGUGCUCCACCAUGGACUGCCGGAACUCGGGUGGACCGCCGUGCAAGAGGGACACCCUACUCCGGCGACCGGCACGUCGCCUCUGCCACAAAGUAGCCCCGGCUCCGUCACGCUGCUGUCCAGGACCCACCUUUCCAGGGCACGGACACGGUCAUGGGCAUGGCCAUGGACAUGGGCAUUGUCUGACCAGCAAGGCAGCCUUCCGGGCCGGAGUGCCCAAGCACAAUGCCAGCGGUGAUUUUGUGGGCGUGGAUGGGGGGGACUGUGGUGGCGGGAUUGGUGGCUCCCGGGUGCUGGUAGUGCCACGCCCCCGCCAGCCGUACUCCAAGAAGAACUAUGACAUUGAUACGCUGGUGCCGCCGUUCCGGAGCCAGGCGGGCGGAGCCGGACAGGGCGGCUAUCCGGAGCACUGGCGGCUGGCGAGUGUCUACCAGCACGCCUACAAGCCGCUGGACCAGCGCCGGCGACCGCUCCUCCAAACGGUCUACAAGUAGGGGGGGAUAUAUUCCCCAAAAGGAAACCCUUGCAGGAUCCUUCUAGGACAUGCUUUUAAGGAUGUAUUUUAAGGACAAGUUUUUCUUAAAAAAAAGGUGUUUAGUUUAUAAAAUAGUUACUUUGUUGUUUUAAAUUUUAAAAAUUAAAAAUCAAAAAUUGUAAAUCCAAAAAUACUACAAAUAAGUUAGUAUUUAAUAAGUUAAGGUCAAAGGUUAAAGGAAGGAUUAAGUUUUAAGGAUCUUUCUGAAAAUAAAACUAAUAUAGGAA